AUGGUUAAAAAAAAAAGAAGUGUUUAUGAACUCAGCGAUAUCAUUAUAAAUCAAAAUGGAAUAAUUAGACGAAAAAGAUCAUCUAUCUCAUGUCGCACUGGUAUGAAAGAUGCAUGUCGUAUUAUUGUUAAACUUGGUACAGCAUUAAUAACACGUGAAAAUGAAGAUGAUCUAGCAAUAGGACGUCUAGCAUCAACCGUUGAACAAGUAUCACAACUACAAAACAAAGGUCGACAAAUGUUAUUAGUUACUAGUGGCGCUGUUGCACUUGAUCGACAAGUUCUAUGUAAAGAAGCCAUGAUGACAAUGACAAUGAGAAGAUCACUUUCACCAAAAGAUAUUUUAGAAAAUAGUCGUGUAGCUAUUCAAAGACAAGCAUGUGCGACUUUUGGACAAAAAGGUCUUAUGUCAUUUUAUGAACGAAUUAGAAAAAAUUUACAAGCUACACUUAAUGAAUUACUUAAUCUAAAUAUAAUAUGUAUUUUAAAUACAAACGAUGCUGUUGCACCAUGCACAGAUACAGAUGCUGAAGUAACAGCAGCAAAAGAUGAAAUUGUUAUUAAUGAUAAUGAUUCAUUAGCAGCACAUUUAGCUGUUUUAAUAUCAGCUGAUUUAUUAUUAAUCAUGAAUGAUGUUAAUGGUUUAUAUGCAGGACCACCUGAAUUAGAAGGUUCAAGAUUUUUAAAUACAUUUUGUCCAAAACAAGAUUCACAAUUAAUUACUUUUGGUGCUCGAUCAAAAGUCGGUACAGGUGGAAUGGAAUCAAAAGUUAAAUGUGCGUCAUGGGCACUUGAUCAUGAGAAAAAAAUUGGAAUAUUUUUUAGAAAAGUACCUAAUCAAUUAUUACCAGUUGAUGUUCAAGCUACAAAAGGGCAAGUUGUUCAUCGAAGACGUCUUGCAGAUGGCUUAAUGUUAAAACAAAUUACAACACCCACCAGUGUUCUUCUGGUCAUAUUUGAAUCACGUCCAGAUAGUGUACCACAAAUAGCUGCUCUAUCAAUAUGUUCUGGUAAUGGUCUUUUAUUAAAAGAUGGUUCAGACGCUAAAUAUUCAAAUGAAAUAUUAACACAAAUCAUACAAGAUGCCCUUGAAACUUAUGUUUCACGUGAAAUAGUUGCUCUGGGUAAAUAUUAUUUUCCUAGUAUUAAUACACGUGAACAAGUAUCAGAUUUUCUUCACUUAAGAAAAUAUAAUGAUCUUGUUAUUCCACGUAGUUCAAAUGAACUUGUUCGUUCAGUACACAAACAAAGCGUUCAUAUACCUGUGUUAGGUCAUGCCGAAGGUCUUUGCCAUGUAUAUGUUGAUAAAGAUGCAAAUUUGGAUAUGGCUUUACGUAUUGUACGAGAUUCGAAAUGUGAUUAUCCAAGUGCUUGUAAUGCAAUGGAAACUUUACUUAUUCAUAAAGAUCUUAUUCGACCACCAUUUUUUGAAUCAUUAAUUGAUUUAUUACGUAUUGAAAAGGUGAACGUCUAUUCAGGCCCAUGUUUAUCAGUUAUGAUUCCAUUUCCACCACCAUCGACAACAUCAUUACUUGUUGAAUAUGGUGAUUUACAAUGUGCUAUUGAAGUUGUUGACAAUGUUCAAGAUGCUAUCGAACAUAUUAAUAAAUUUAGUUCAAAUCAUACAGAUUCAAUUGUGAAAGAGAAUCAAAAUGCAGCCAAUGAUUUCCUUAGUACAGUUGACAGUACAUGUGUUUUUCAUAAUGUUAGUACACGUUUUUCAGAUGGUUACCGAUUUGGUUUAGGUGCUGAAGUUGAUAUAAGUACAGGACGUAUACAUUCUCGUGGCUCUGUUGGUAUUGAAGGUCAUGGUGAUGUUGUUGCAGAUUUUAAUGAAGGUCGUAAAAAAUUUGUUCAUGAAUAA